UUACGUUCCUUGGUCUUCAAGAAGCCAGCGGCCAGCCGUGUCCGCGGGGCGAUCACAGGGAUUUCAGGGUCUUCUGUCGCUGAGGAAGCCGUUGCCUGUUGUCAGAGCCCUUGCUUGCCCCUUGUCCUGUGCCCGCGGGUAACCCGGGACGGGCCAUGCCCGGCCAGCAUCACCAAGGGAGGACACUUGGCCUCUAAAUGUCACUAACAGGGUAUUAGCUGGGUUGGCCUUUAACUGAGACAGUGACCAUCAAGAUUUAGGGUGACGCAGGCUAGCGCUCAAGUCUAGGAAAGACUAUCAAGGUGUGGCCUCUUCUGCUGCCACGGGCAGGACGGCACCCGUAAGGAUGCAGGGUGGCCCCGUACUGGGCACGGGCUGUAAGACUGACCCGUGGGGGCCUCAGAGCCGUGUCGCUCACUGGCCAUGUGACAGCGUGGGAGCCGGGCUCAAGGGGCUGACCUGAGUGCAGACCGGGUCCCUGAGAAGACAGGGGGUUGCGGGGCAGGUGGUGGUCCGUCCAUCGGGUAUGGUAAGGCAGAGACAGCCCUGCAGACCGGUCCUCUUUCUUUUUUUCUGGUUUUGUUUGGCUGAAGUUAGCUAGAGGUUUGGGAGUGUGGAGAGAGGCACGGAUCACACCAUCGAUCUUAGCGGAGCGCCCCUCUGUACUAGUCACUCACAGAGGGGCCUGCCUGGACAUCCAUCCCCAACUCUGGGCAGUCCUAACACCGGGUUGCUGAUGAACUUGAACCCCUGCCCCGGGCGAUGGGUCCCUUCCUCUGCUCUCUGCACUUCACAGCUUGGAACGGCGCUCUGGGUUAUUUUUUCAAAGUUCUUAGAACGAUAUCCCUGGGGAGCCCCAGGCCCACAGACCCCCUGGUCUGCUCACCGCAUGGCAGUGACUGAGUGCGCUCCCCCCGGGCCCCCUGAACUGGAGAGGUAUAGGCAUCCCAUUGCCGUGGCCUCCUGGACUCCGCAUGUCCGUAGGACACAGUGUGUACCGUCCCCCGCAAUGCUCAGGGAGACAGCGGAGAGGACACGGUGACUGCGGCGCUGCCUGAUGACCCCGGGUUUUCUCAUCUGAACAAGACAUGAGUUUGGGCAACAGAAGCAUGGCGUGCUGCUCCCCAGUGCUAAGAGAGCCUCAGCUCGGAUGGCACCUGCUUCUUGGGAGAAGGUUUGUUCCUGAAGCAAAGCUAGCCUCGGGUGAGGGUACAGGCACCCCUGUCUGGUCUGCUCACCUCCCCCAGCCUCCCUUCCUGAGAACGGGAGGACUCUUGGUGUCUCCGUGUCGGGAUCCCCCUUGAGAUAACAUUCUAGACUGUGCUGAGCUUAGGAAAUGAUGACUUCUGGGGUCUCCGGACGAACAGGAGGAGACACACAGAGGGAUGUUCGCUAGAACAUCAAGGACCGGUGUCCGCAGUGAAAUCACUGAGUGGGACACAAGGAGCUCAUUGUCUUCAGGGCCAGCAUUAAGAUACAGUCCUUUCCCUCUGGGCCGCGGUCCACCCAGGCCGUCAGCGCAUCAGAGCGCAGACUGAGGCUUCUGAAGGCCACAGCCUUCCCUCCGUGCCGGCAAACCAGAGGGAGGAAGGGACGGGUGUGUGCCAUUCACUGCUGUUUCUGGGAGAGUUUGCAGGGCGCUGGGGUCGCAUCACCACCCCCCGGGGGCGGGGUGGCCGAAGACCCGUCAGCCGGUGGGUGCACCUGAGCCCCUCAGGGCUGGGGACACGGCACGGACCACCCCCACCCUCUCCUGGGCUGGGGCCACAGCUGCUGUGCAGGGGAGCGGCAGGGCAUCUGCAGGGCUGCUCUCCCACUCGCGGGGUGCACUACCCGUCGGGGCUGGCUUCUGCCCCCCUGCGCGUCUGCUUGCCGUCAGCCCCGAGGAGGCCCUCCGGCUGGCCCCGUGAGGGAGGGAGGCCAAGGCGCUGGGAUGGCCCCCAGCGUGGUUCGCUGCCACAGAAGCUGAGCUAUGCCUUCCCCGCCCCCUGAGGUUUGCCCAGCCGGCUUUCCCAGUCUUCCUCGAGGGUGGUCUGAAAUUCCACCGUCCUGCCUGCCCUCCCCGUCUCAGUUCCUCUCUGGGAAAUACGGCCCCAGUCACACAGGAAGUCAGUCGUCCAUUUUCUUAGAGCGACAGCAGCUGCUUGGAUCCCAGGAUGCCCACGGCCCGCAGACGAGGGCUGGGGGACCUGCAGGUGCAGUGGGGGGACAGCGGCCCUGGCGGUGGGCGCCGAGGAGAGGACAGUCGAGGGGGCCGAGCCCCAGGACCAGCUCCGGAGCAGCCAGAGCAAGGCCGGGAGCUGGGAAGCCGUGGGGUCGAUCCUGUGGGAGAGUGGGGGGCGACUGGACACUCACAGAAGGGAGCCGCCGUCGGCAGUGGCCAGUGGGCCGUCCCGUUCUCCCUCCCCUUCCGCUGGUGGCAUCGUCGGGAUCCACCCGGGGUCCCCAGACCCCUGUCUCAGGCGCAGCGUUAGCCUCGCCCACCGCCGACGAGGAAGGGGGGCCGGAGACGGAAGGCACCGGAGCAGUGGGGAGCGGCAGGGAGCCGUGUGCACACAGAGGGAUGCUGAAGCCAUGGGGGGUUUGGCGGAGGGAGGUCUGCUGGAGGGUGGGCGACCUGCCCCCUCACACAGAAGCUGUCGGUGUGCUGGUGCCGGGCCCCCACACUGUGCAGCGUCUGCUGGUGCAGCACACGGGCCGCAGGGACGAGGGCCUUGAGGCUGGUGGGGGGGGGGCCUGCGUGGCUUGGGAGGGUGUCUUAGCCAGAGAGGCCAGGAGGUGCAGGGGUACAGAGCAACCUUUCUCCUGGGCUGAGUCUGGGGAGGGCGGCCUGACCUCAUGGGCAGGUCCCAGUCACGGUCCCCCACGGCAGAGGGUGAUGGGCUCUCUGACUCCGGGAAAACCCAUCACACAGCACAAAGCCUUUCUCCAAAGAGGAGUCUCCCUGGCCUCUGGGAGUGGGGCAGACCCUCUGGGGAGGCCAGCCCCGAGCCCCUCUGGCUCUGGCCCGGGAUGGGUGCCCUGGCCCAACCAGGAGGAUUGAGCACCCACCUCACCCAGCAAGACCGAGAGCCCCGCUGGAGGAGAGGCCCAGCCCACCCCCAGCGCUCUGUCUUCUGAGGAGUCCGGGGUUUCUUCCUGUGCCCGCUGCUGGGCUCAACCGCCGCCCGUGGGGAGGGGCAUGAAUACGGUUGCCGAGGUGGGACGGACGGCUGACAUCCGUGCUGUCACCAACGGUCAGAGCUGCGCGCCCCGUCCCUCGUGUGAUUUACAUAUACGUCUGUACGCGUGUGUGCGCGGUUCGUUAAAAGAAAGGAACAGAAAUGUAUUUGUAACAUUUCCGUCAUACACAUAUUUGUAACGUUAGCUUUACAGCUUAGAACAACCGUCAUUCUUGUCAACCCGAUUUUUGCCGUAUUUGGGCUCAUUCUGUACCCUUUCUCCAAACAUCCAAACCAUCUUGCAGGCACUCUUGAGGCUCUGACCGUGGCCACGACGCCAUGGGUGUGGGAUGACCAGUAAGCUCGGAACCAAAACCCCGGCGGUGUUACAGGGCUCUCUCCCCCUUAGAGAGUGGGUCCACAUGACCUUCCUGAGGCCCCGCCGUCGGUGACCCGUCUCUUGCCCGGGACGCCUGCAGCACCCAGCUCCGCCUGCUGGAGUUCCGGUUCUGUCCGCGGAGCGCAGCCCGUCGUCGAGAGGGAGGGAGUUGUGAAGGGCGGCCUCCCGCGGGCUCGGCUGCUGCGUUUCAUCCCUCCUACUCUGAUACUCUGACACUUUCCAUUUGACUCUGUGUGGUUUGGACGCUGGCGCGUGCUUCCUCCAGCCUGGGAGGUGUGACGAUAUUUUGGUUUGAAUCCUUCCGUGUGGAUUUACGACCCUGUCCCGUGGCAGGUGUGAUGAUUACAGCCCCACAGAAGGGGGAAGACAUUUGCGUGGUGGGCGUGUCCUGCAGGGAUCUUUCCUGGCCGGCGAAGCAGAAUUCUUAGACUGUGCUGAGAAGCUUCUAGACUUAGCUGAGGACGCUGGCUAUUUUGUUCCUAGGUCAGAAGAUGCCUAGGGAGGAUGCUUAGGGAGGAUGGCCAGGAAGCAGCAAAUGCUGUCCUCUGUCAUCUGACCUGCCACCAUGUUUGGGACACAUGUACUGGCCACGUGAGCUCUCUUGACAGCAAGGAGGGGUUCGGCAGACCUGAGAGGAAUAUUCCCAGCCUUUCUAGACUUCUCUGUGCCCAGCAUCCUUGGGCCUUAUGAGCCAGAAGGUGUUGCCAACACGCUGGGUUGACCUUGGAAGAGGGGGGCCCAUGAGCAACCAGAAGAGCAGGGGUUUGGUUGGGAUGCCUGGUUUCUGUAGGUCGGGCCUGGGAUUAGGGUCAAGAUGCUUCCGACGGAAAUCUGUGUCCGGCGGAGCCCGCUGUCUCUCCGGAGAGACGUCUGGCGCUCGUGUGCCUGAGGCGGUUGCGACGCCCUUCUCCCCUCGUCCGGCUGCCCGCUCCUCCGCUUCUGUCCUGCAGAGACGAAGCUCGACUUCCAGGGAUGGUGUCCGGAGAGCAGCAGGCUGGGUCGGGGUGAAAGUCCUCUCUGGGGCCAUCCGUGGCGCUGCGCUGUGUCUUUGUGGAGCUGCUAGGCAUUUCCCUUCCUGUGACGCGGCAGCUGCUUCUCUCGGGCGGGGGCAUCCUGGCUCCCGAUCCAGGACCGGGGAGCAGGCCGGGGAGGAGCCUGGUCUGGUCCUGCUAAGUGACCUCUGAGCCUCAGGCCCCUCUUCCACAGAGCGUGGUUGCAGGAGUCAGAGGCGGGGAUCGCUGAGGCCGCUCAGCUGGAAGCAGCUAUAGAAACACGGAGGGGGUGUCUCCCGCUGGGAGGCAGGGGGAUCAGAGGCUGGGCUUGGCCCUCUUUGGAGGAACGAGGCUUUCUCUGCCUCCCUCUCUGUGCUGCACAGGAACCUCGUCUGCAGCCUCACGCAUGGGUGCCUUCUAGCCGCCUUGGAGAAAACUGCCUUGCGUGGUGCUGGGGGACAGGGUGCCUGCCUGCUUCCCGGGGAGGGACCCUCCUUUGCUCCUUCUGGAGAAGCCUCGGAAGCCAGGGAAACUUCCCAACUGGAUAUGGCUCUGUGGGUCCUCCCACAGGGCCUGUGGCCAGCCUUGUUGCGGGGCUGCACAGAAUGGCUUUCUUCGGGCCUUCUCGGCUCUCCUGACAUUCUGCCCUGCUGCCCAGGGAGGGCUGGCCAGGAUAGGAAGGGUGUUCCCUGAAAGCCCAGCAGGAUAGAACUUCCCUCCUGCUAUCAGGGAGGAGGAGGCACAAUCGCCUCCUCAGGAGAGCCCCUGGGCAGGAGAUCGGAGGGGUGGGUGGGCUGCACCCUGCAUCGUGACCGCCGCCCCUGAGUGGCCAGACUUCCUGCCCUGUGCCAUACCCCCAUCCACAGCCUCGGGCAGCAUUUUCUGCACAAUCUCCUACUUGUCUGCAGGCUGGCCUGGGGGGUUGGGGGGGCACCCAAGCAAGCUCACCAAGCCUUUCCUGGAGUCCCGGGCCAGUCCCCCAUGCCUUCUGUGACAGGUGCAUGGUGCGGAGUCUGGGGAAGGGGCUGGUGAGGAAGGUCAGUUCUGGGUGGGCUCUGGCGGCUUCUUUACCUGCUUUGGAAUGGCAGAGAGGAGGGACAGGAUCUUCCCUGUAUCUUCCCGGGAGGGACCCGGACUUUGAUGCAGCACGUGGGACUUCUCUGACCGAGUGGUUACCUCUCAUCUCCCCAUGGUAACCAGACCCUGUCCGAUUACCCAAGAACCAUUUCUCCUAAAUAGUGUGUGUCCUUCCCUGCCCCGGGGUCUGCCCUGAGGAGUGGGUGCUGCCACAGGGCAUUUACACUGGUCUCACUGCUCAGCUCUCAGCUUGUGAGUUCUCCCAGCUUUCCCUCUGGGCUCAGGCAGCACCCCCCCACACACACACACACUUCUCGUGCUCCCUGUUCCUCACUGCUUUCCAGGUCGAGCCUGCCCCCCAGCCGGCCUGCCUGCGCCUUUCUGAUCCUGUCUCCUCCCACACUACACCUCCUGGUCUUGGCCCCUUCAGCCCUGUGGCCCCCUGGGCCACCGCCUCUGUCUUUUCUCCUUCCGCCCCAUGGUUUGUAUGUUCUGCGUGCUGUCACAGGGUUUAACUCUAUACUGGCUUCAUUUCCAGACUGUGCAAGGCAAUUCCUGUGCCUCCCAGUUACCCCCGGCUGCUGGAGGAGGGGCAGAGCGAGCCUAGUCUCCUCUCGUCCCCUCCCCUGCAGUGCCCGGCUCAGUGCUCCUCGGGUAGAGAGGGUGGAAAGUGCUCACGGGGCUGGUCAGCUCGCACCAGUGCUGUGAGCUCUGCUGCGGGCCCGCCUUCCCCUGCUGGCGCAGGCAGUGGCCCUCAGUGUGUGCGGCUGGCACGCGGCUGGCGCGUGGUUGUGCCCAAUGGCCGGUGUAUUGCCCGGUUGGGAGGGUGGGGGUUCAUCCCACUUGGUAGACACAGGGUGGGCAGGCAGCCUCAUCCACCCUGUGCUGUCCGUGUCCCUCUCCUGCUCGGAGCCCCAGUGAAACCCUAAAUCCUCCUGCAGACAUCUCAUGUCUUUCUAGACCAUUCUUUAAACCCAAAUAACAUUGUGCCAGGGUGUGGAGCUGAGUUGGCCCCUACUCUUUCAUCCUAAAGGUAAUGACAGCAAGAUGCAAACAUUCCACUGUCUUCUCUGCUAGUGUUCCGCUGUAACCCACCACGGAGAUUGACUUCAGUAAUCUCUCACUGCCUUUUAAUGGUUAAUUGGCCGUGGGCUGGUUAAUGAGCCACUGUCCUAGGCAGUGAAAGAUGUGGGGGGCCCAGAGCAAAGGUUUGCCUGAGGGAAGGAUGGUGGGGCCCCGAGGUGCUUCUCAGCUAGGGCCGAAGGAAAGCACACAUCCCCGUGGGGGUAGCUCCAUCUGCGUGCGGGUGUGUGCGAGUGCGCCACCCCGUGCCGGUCGCGGUGCGCAGGGCCGGGUGUGUGGAUCAGGUGGGCGGAUCCCGAUGCACCAAUCCUGGCACGUGGAUCGGGCGUGCGGAUCCCAGCGUGUGGGUCCCAGCGUGCUGAUCGGGGGUGCGGCUCCCGAUGUGUUGAUCCCGGCGCAUGGAUCAGGUGUGCAGGUCACGGUGUGAGGACUGGGUGUGCGGAUCGCAGUGCGCAGGUCCCGAUGCGUGGAUCGCGUCGUGCGGUUCCCCGCGCGCGGUUGGAGCGGAGGCCGGUUCACCUCCUGCAGCCGAAAGAUAACGCCAGAAUCCUCUGCGCUCGGCGCACUUGGGUGCUUGGCAAGGAAGGGCAGUUCGGAACACACUUCGAGGGGAGACGGAGGCCCCUGGCGGCCUGUGCACCCCUCCCCCCCACGCAGGGACACAGGCCGACCGGACCGAGCGCCGCCGCCAGCGUGCCAAGCACCAGCCCCUGGGCUCGUGUGUCUCCUGAUCGCUCGGCGCUCGCGGAUGUGCCCCGUUCGUACCACUGGGCAGUGACCCCUGCUCUGACGCGUCUCUUUCCCCGCCCCCGCCCUGUUCUUGUGCUUU